ACAUGCACAUCCAAAUCAUCUAUUGUCCUGGUGAUUAGCAUAGUAUGGACCUCUUAUAGAAUCUGAACAAUCUUCUUUUUCUCUUUACUCCAGUGUUUUCUCUUCUCUUACAGUGAAUUCAGAAAUGCAAAACCUUUCAGUCAGCUUAUUUUUAGCCAGACUAUCAAAGUAUUUUUCAACUGGACUGUCACUGCACUUGAACUUGGAAUCUUGUAACCUGAGGAACUGCACUGGAGACAAGAAGACACCUCUAACAAAUGGGAAAUUAUAAAUCUAGACCAACCCAAACUUGCACUGAUGAAUGGAAGAAGAAAGUCAGUGAAUCUUAUGUUAUUAUAAUAGAAAGAUUAGAAGAUGACCUUCAAGUCGAAGAAAAAGAACUUGCAGAACUAAGGCACAUAUUUAGCUCCGAUGAUGCCUUCAGUAAAGUCAACUUAAAUUACCGCACAGAAAAUGGGCUGUCUCUACUUCAUUUAUGCUGCAUUUGUGGAGGCAACAAGUCACAUAUUAGAACCCUUAUGUUAAAAGGGCUUCGUCCAUCUCGACUGACAAGAAAUGGAUUUACAGCCUUGCACUUGGCAGUUUACAAGGACAGUGCAGAAUUGAUCACUUCCCUGCUUCACAGUGGAGCUGACAUACAGCAGGUUGGGUAUGGUGGCCUCACUGCCCUACAUAUUGCUACAAUUGCUGGUCACCUGGAGGUUGCUGAUGUCCUGCUGCAACAUGGAGCAAAUGUCAAUGUUCAAGAUGCAGUUUUUUUCACUCCAUUGCACAUUGCAGCAUACUAUGGACAUGAACAGGUAACCCGCCUUCUUUUGAAAUUUGGCGCUGAUGUAAAUGUAAGUGGUGAAGUUGGAGAUAGGCCCCUCCACCUUGCAUCUGCAAAAGGAUUCUUUAAUAUUGCAAAACUCUUGAUGGAAGAAGGCAGCAAAGCAGAUGUGAAUGCUCAGGACAAUGAAGACCAUGUCCCACUGCAUUUCUGUUCUCGUUUUGGACACCACGACAUAGUGAAGUACCUGCUCCAGAGCGAUAUUGAAGUUCAGCCGCACGUUGUUAAUAUCUAUGGUGAUACCCCUUUGCACCUGGCAUGCUACAAUGGCAAAUUUGAAGUCGCCAAGGAAAUCAUCCAAAUAUCGGGGAUAGAAAGUCUGACUAAAGAAAACAUCUUCAGUGAAACACCUUUUCACAGUGCUUGUACCUAUGGUAAGAGCAUUGACCUGGUUAAAUUUCUUCUUGACCAGAAUGUUAUAAGCAUCAACCACCAAGGAAGAGAUGGGCACACAGGAUUGCACUCUGCUUGCUACCAUGGUCACAUUCGCCUGGUUCAGUUCUUACUGGAUAAUGGAGCUGAUAUGAAUCUGGUAGCUUGUGAUCCCAGCAGAUCUAGUGGUGAAAAAGAUGAACAGACCUGUUUGAUGUGGGCUUAUGAAAAAGGACAUGAUCCGAUUGUCACACUCCUGAAGCAUUAUAAGAGACCGCAGGAUGAAUUGCCCUGUAAUGAAUAUUCUCAGCCUGGAGGAGAUGGCUCCUAUGUGUCUCUUCCAUCUCCCUUGGGGAAGAUUAAAAGCAUGACAAAAGAGAAGGCAGAUGUCCUCCUCCUAAGGGCUGGAUUACCCUCACAUUUCCAUCUUCAACUCUCAGAAAUUGAGUUCCAUGAGAUUAUCGGCUCAGGUUCUUUUGGGAAAGUAUAUAAAGGACGGUGCAGAAAUAAAAUAGUGGCUAUAAAACGUUACCGAGCCAACACCUACUGCUCCAAAUCAGACGUGGAUAUGUUUUGCCGAGAGGUGUCCAUUCUCUGCCGGCUCAAUCAUCCAUGUGUAAUUCAGUUUGUGGGUGCUUGCUUGAAUGAUCCCAGCCAGUUCGCCAUUGUCACCCAGUACAUAUCAGGGGGUUCUCUAUUCUCCCUCCUUCAUGAACAGAAGAGGAUUCUUGAUUUGCAGUCUAAAUUAAUUAUUGCAGUAGAUGUUGCCAAAGGUAUGGAGUACCUUCACAACCUGACACAGCCAAUUAUACACCGUGACUUAAACAGUCACAAUAUUCUUCUCUGUGAGGACGGGCAUGCAGUGGUGGCAGAUUUUGGAGAAUCAAGAUUUCUACAGUCUCUGGAUGAAGACAACAUGACAAAACAACCUGGGAACCUCCGCUGGAUGGCCCCUGAGGUGUUCACGCAGUGCACACGCUAUACCAUCAAAGCUGACGUCUUCAGCUAUGCUCUGUGUCUCUGGGAACUUCUCACUGGUGAAAUCCCAUUUGCUCAUCUCAAGCCAGCGGCUGCCGCAGCAGACAUGGCUUACCACCAUAUCAGACCUCCCAUUGGCUAUUCCAUUCCCAAGCCCAUAUCAUCUCUGCUGAUGCGAGGGUGGAAUGCAUGUCCUGAAGGAAGACCCGAAUUUUCUGAAGUUGUUACCAAGUUAGAAGAGUGUCUCUGCAACAUUGAGCUGAUGUCUCCCGCAUCAAGUAACAGCAGUGGGUCUCUGUCACCUUCCUCUUCUUCUGACUGCCUGGUGAGCCGUGGAGGGCCUGGCCGGAGCCAUGUGGCAGCUUUACGAAGUCGUUUUGAGUUGGAAUAUGCUCUAAAUGCAAGGUCCUAUGCUGUCUGGUCCCAAAGUGCUGGACAGUGUUCUUCUCAAGGCCUGUCUUUGGAGGAGAUGAAGAGGGGUCUUCAAUUAUCACCCAUUGACAAAUAUGGCUACGUGUCCGAUCCCAUGAGCCCGAUGCAUUUCCAUUCUGGCCGGAAUAGUGGCAGCUUUGAGGACAGCGGCUGACAGCGUUCCGCAUAUACCUAAGGAGAGAUUUCCCCCAAACUGACAGCAACAAUUCCUACCGUGGCAGGCUUGCUUCCAAUUAUAAUAUUUUACCCUCUAAGGUCUCCUUAAAUUGGCUUGUUUAUACUGGUCCUCUUUAAUUCCCUACCACAAGUUGGGCUUUGGAUUUAUGGCUAAGGAAUGAAAUGCAAAGGAACCAAGACAGAAUGUAUGUAAAAAAUUUGUUUGAAUUUUGUAACUGAAAGAGCAAAUUUAUAUCAUUACUUGGAGAUGGGGCCUAAGACUAUGGUGGGCACUUCACAAUGAUUAUGUUUUCCUAGACUGAAUUAUGUGGACUUGCAUUUGAGAGCCACGGGUUUGAUUUUGUAGAAUAUUGUUCUUUUUCUUCUCUCAUUAAGUUACCUCUAGUGUUCAGCUCUGUGAUUAAAGGUUCUUUGUUGGCAUCCAAAAUGGAUUCAGAAGUGUACUGACUUCUGAGUAAGUGUUCUUUAAGACAUAUUGGUACAAAGAAGUAAUGACCUUCAGAUCAAGACGCUUGCAAAAUACUGCAUGUACUUACUUAGCCUCCUUUCUACCUCAUACCGAGUGCUCUGUGGUGUCUGGGCAUCCUGUUACUGUCAGCAUCAAGGUGUCAUAAAUGCUACUGGUACAGUUAUGACAACUGAUCUGCAAACGCAAACCUGCUGUUCAUACCCGAGUCCGGCACAGUGCACUGGGAGGAUGUCUGAGGUACCCCUGGCCUUCCUUCAAAAAGUGAGAAAGCUGGGGGCACCUGGCUGGCUCAGUCAGUAGAUCAUGGGCCUCUUGAUCUCAGGAUUGUGAGUUUAAGUCCCACAUCAGGGGUAGAGUUGACUCAAAAGAGAGAGAGAGAGAGAGAGAGAGAGAGAGAGAGAGAAAUCUGCUAUCCAUGUUCAUUCCACUCAGGAAGAAGGGAGUCCUUCCACCAAACAAAAUAGUUUUUCUACUGAAAGGCAGACUUGGGAAAAAAAAAAAAGAGGCAGGAAACUAUGAAAAUUCAGUGUGAUAAUUACUGCUUUUAAUCUUGCUAAUGAAAAAAAGAGUUAGUAAAGGAAGAUUGGGUAGUCGUUAAAUCAAGGUUUCUAGAUCCCAGCACUAUUUACAGGUCGGAGGGAAUCAUCUUUGUGGGGGCUGUCCUGUGCACAGUGGGGUGUUUAACAGCUUCCUGGCCUUUACUCCCAGAUGCCAGUAACAGCUCCCCUAAAAAGCCUCCAGACAUUUCUAAAUGUGCCCUGGGGGACAAAGUUGCCCCAGGAUGACAGGAUAAAUCCUGAGAGGACAACUAGGGUCUUGAGGAGCAAUGAAAGGAAUCUAGAGCCGAGCUUUGACUACAUUUAGACAAAUCUGCUUUCUUCUCCUGAGCAAUGUGGGCUCAUAGACAAAUGGAACUGGAUGGGAAAAGUGCUGAUUUUUCCUCCCAUGUCUGUGGUGAGCUCCUUCAUCCUCCCCUCUCCCCCUACAGAUUAGAAAUUACGUUUCUUGAGGGCAAUUUCUAUCAGAACAACGACCCCAUCUCUAAAACCUCUCCGAGCCUUUUCUAUGACCUGUGGUUACAAAGUUGUAAGUCCUCUGAACAGCUUGGGGCUAGCCUGUUACAGUCCAGUAGAAGUUAAAAGCACGGAACUUCCAUUUACAUUCAUUCCUUUUUAGCCCCCAGCCUCUUCGUCUCCCCACCCAGUCAUUCUGGAGUCAUAGAUGCUCUUUCCCACCGUGCAAUUUGCCAAGGGGCUCUCUAAUACACAGGAACAAGGAGCUUGAAGUGGUCAUACAAGCAUAAAGCUUUCUAGUAAGGAGCUGGCUGAAGAGCCCCUGUCUCUACAUCUCUCUCUCUCUAGGCCUCUCCUCUGGCUGCUUUAGGAAAUGAGCCGGCACCUAGCCUGGGGUGGC